GAAGCCAGUUAACGGCGAUGCCGCCGCCGAUCCACACGGCCGAGAACCAGCAGCAGCCGGCGGACGGCGUCGCCAUCAAAGUCGACGGCGACGAUCACACGGCGCCGCUCCUCGAGCCCAAGCUCGGACCCGACGGCGACAAGGAAGAAGACGAGGACCGGAAGGCGGCGCCAUUCGACGAAGAGGAAUGGGACGCGUUCUGGAUCGGGACCAACUGGCUGAUGUACGCGAGGCUGCUGGUGCAGUUCAGCGGCGACGAGGCGGCCGGCGACGGGCUCGUCUGCUGCGGCGUCCUGCUGACGGCCAUCUUCGUCGGCUGCCACUGGGCAGGCGGCACGUGGCGCCGGCGGUUCCUCAGCUUCUCUAGGCCGCAACUGUUCAUUACUCUGGCUGUAUGCCUUUGCAUGCUCCCUCGAUCCGCCGGUCCAAGCAGCUCCGUAUAAAUACGCACC